AUGAUCGUGUCCUGCGUCGCGCUGGUCAUGACGACCAACCGCAUGUACGGGCAGCCUACGUUUUUCAGCCCUCAGAGCGGCAGCAGUAGCAGCGUGGACGAGAAAGGCUGCUGCGCCAGCACUAAUAGUAGCACCAGCAGGGCCAGCAGAGAGAGGACUGCAACAAGCACUGGCAAUGUGUUCGGCAGAGUUCCCGAGUUUGGAGUGCUGGAGGUGAUCUUGUCGUUCCUCUCGCCCGCAGAUCUAGUCGGCACCGAAGCCGUCUCGACGACGUUUCGAAGAUCGAGCAUUGCGGAGCAUCUGUGGAAGCAACACUGUGCACGAACCUUUUCGCCGCUGGCGCAGCUAGGAGGGGCCCGGUGCCAAGAACAGCAGCAGGAAGAGCACCAGCACCGUCAUGUCCGGCACCAACAUAUGCCGCAGCGGAAGGACGAGGAUGAGGAGGAGGAGGAAGAGGGGUGGGGAGGUAGCGGCCGAUUCCGUCCGAGUAAGGCCUGCUGCAGCAGUUGUUGCCCAAUCAGCAGCGGGAGGGGAGGGUAUCAUGAAGCGACAGACUCAGGGCUUCCACUAGCGUGUUCAACUACUACUUCUCGAACAACUGGGGACGCGAGAAGAAGCGGCAGCUGCGGCAGGAACGGUAGCAACGGACCCCCGUCGCCUUCCUCUCUCUCCCGGUCGUGCUGUGACAGGGCCGGCUACCACUGCCCAUGGCGAGAAGCAUUCUUCCGCGCCCAUCGCGCCAGACCUCGUGACCUGCUGCGAGAGCUCUCCUCCUCCCUGCCGUCCAAUGUUAAUAUUCAGCAACCACCAUCACAACCGGCACCGGAACAGCAGUGCAUCAUUGUCUUGCACGGAAACGUCUACGAGCUCGCCGGCUUUCUUUCAUCCCACCCAGGCGGCGCGCUAAUCCUCCAGGAACACGCCUCCACGGAUGCAACGGAGGCGUUUGAGAGGUUUUUCCACUCCCGCGAGGCACGAAGGAUGGCAAGGCGGUUCGUGGUGUGGGAUGGGGAGGCGGUCAUGGGGAGAAAGGGCACCCUCUGGAGGUUUGCACGUCAAGGCAUUUCAACAUAGUCCCUCCUGCCUUUGCUAUUCACGAGAAGAGAAAUAGUGCAGUAGCGGCACGAGCAGGGAGAAUACCGGUGGUUUUGGUCGGUUUCGGUUCGGUAGGUGAAACGGCUAUUUUUUGUAGUGGCGGCUGCGCCGGGUAACCCUCUUAUGAUGAAGACGAUAUCACUGCUGCGUGUGAUACAUUAUCUCGAAAGGCAAGUCUUUAAUUGAUUUUAUGUAUAUUUUCCAAACAAGUAGAUGCAGCAUAGCGGCGGUGGAGGUGAUCAAAGGAAAUACGGCGGUGGAGGUGAUCAUGGAAAAUGCCGUUCCACCGGGCGAGGGUGGGGGGCGAUUUGCCUACGGAGGCGCCACCAACGACACUCAUCUCUCCUUUUGGUUGCUCUUGCGCCGUCGUCACAGCGUCAGGCCAGGUGGUUAGAGGGGUGCCCACCUCGAAGGAGGUAUGUCCCGUCAGUAUCCAUCGCCAUGAGUAGUAGCACUGGUCGCGAAAGAGGAGGAGUGAUGCCAAAGAGGGAGUAGACACUGCGAUCGUACUGCUCGCUCGUCAAAGGUGUCGUCUGCGUGAGGACUGGCUAACCUCUCCUCCGACAGAACCCCCGAGAACCCUCAACGUCCAGUACCGUUGCUUGUCGAUGGUGCUGGAAGUGAAGAUGAAGCCACCUAGGAUCGGAUAGACAAGUAGUCUUGGCUCCGCUACAAGAGUGUACCUUAUAAAGGGGGGCUCCGAUAUAAGAGGAUUAAGGGUCAUUGACCAUCCUCUUAUAUCGGGGCUACAAUACUGCUGUAUGUAUUAACCCCAGGAUGGCGGCUUGUAAUGUGUCGUCGCGUGGGGGCAUCGACUCUGUAGAAAGAGAGAGAGGGAGAUGGGGACGAAUGCAAAGAAACUCUGUCUGGGAGUGUUUGGUCGAGGACGGCGCUGAAGAUUUUUCUUGUUCUUCUUCGGGGCGAUACCUCAUUCGCAGUGCUUGGCUGUAAUGCGUAUGUCGUCUGUCUCAAGGACGUAUGAACCUACAAACAGCAGCAGUAGUUUUGUUCCGUAAUCGAGAGAGGCGAUGCUGUGAGAUCCGGGCUUUGCCAGUGUUAUAGUCCUGUGCCUUGUGACAUGCGCCCACUGCCCAUCAAUACGCAAUCAAUUG